GCGGCGCUGGUCUGGGAGCUGCUGGGGGCGUCCGUGCUGCUGAUCGCGGUGCGCUGGCUGGUGCGGCGGCUGGAUAAGUGGCCGCAGGGCCUGGGCCGGAGCGGGCCUUCAGCCCCGCCACCCGGCGCGGCCGCGAACUCGGCCCUGGACCCAGGUGAGAUGACCAUGGACGCCAUCUUGGCUCGAUUGAAACUCCUGAAUCCAGAUGACCUUAGAGAAGAAAUCGUGAAAGCCGGAUUGAAAUGUGGACCCAUUACAUCAACCACAAGGUUCAUUUUUGAGAAAAAAUUGGCUCAGGCUCUGCUCGAGCACGGAAGAGCGCCGCCUUCACAUCCUCCUUGCUGUGACGCGCCGGGAGCCACAGCCGGAAGCCAGGACGCGCAGAGAAAUCUGAAGUCGGCCCUAGGGAGCCGCCCCGAGCAGGUGGGCUUGGCUGAGGACGGCGACUUCGGUUACAGCGUGGGCCUGAACCCUCCCGAGGAGGACGCCGGGCCGCCUCGGCCCUGCCCUCCGCUCCUCGGUGCCGCCGCCGGGGCCAGCGGCCACCCAGCCGCGGUGGCCGCCCCUGCAGGGCCGCCUCUCUACUACGGGGUGUGCCCGGCCUACGAGGACCCCCCGGCCAGAAACGAAAGGAUUCUUGUUUAUGAAGAUAAAAAGGAAGCACUGCAAGCUGUCAGAAUGAUCAAAGGAUCUCGAUUUAAAGCUUUUUCAAGUAGAGAAGAUGCGGAGAAAUUUGCCAGAGGAAUUUGUGAUUAUUUUCCUUCUCCGAGCAAAGCCUCUUCAGCGCUUUCUCCCGUGAGAACAGCACCCCUCCUGAGCACGGGCGGGUUGAGAGAUGGUUUGUACUCAUCUGAGUCAGAAACUGUAAACAAAGAGCGAGCCAACAGUUACAAAACCCCCCGUACUCAAGACCUCACUGCCAAACUUCGAAAGGCUGUGGAGAAGGGAGAGGAAGACACCUUUUCUGAUCUCACCUGGAGUAACCCCCGGUAUCUGAUUGGCUCCGGGGACAAUCCCACCAUCGUGCAGGAAGGAUGUCGGUACAACGUUAUGCAUGUUGCUGCCAAGGAGAAUCAGGCUUCCAUCUGCCAGCUGACCCUAGAGACUCUGGAGAACCCCGAGUUUAUGCGGCUCAUGUACCCGGAUGACGACCAGAACAUGCUGCAGCAGCGUAUCUGCUACAUUGUCGACCUGUACCUAAACACGCCUGACAAAGCGGGCUAUGACACGCCGCUGCAUUUUGCUUGUAAGUUUGGGAAUGCGGAUGUGGUCAGCGUGCUUUCUUCACACCCUUUGAUUGUAAAAAACCCAAGGAAUAAAUACAAUAAAACUCCUGAAGAUGUCAUUUGUGAAAGAAGCAAAAAUAAGUCUGUGGAGCUGAAGGAGCGGAUCCGGGAGUACUUACAGGGCCACUACUAUGUGCCGCUCCUGAGAGCUGAGGACACGUCGUCGCCAGUGAUCGGGGAGCUGUGGUCUUCAGACCAGGUGACAGAGACCUCUCACGUCAGCCACAGUGGAGGCGGCCCCAGAGACCCUGUUCUGACCCUGCGAGCCUUUGCAGGGCCCCUAAGCCCAUCCAAGGCAGAGGACUUCCGCAGGCUCUGGAAGACCCCACCUCGAGAGAGAGCGGGCUUCUUUCACAACGUCAGGAAGACCGAUCCAGAGAGAGGCAUUGAGAGAGUGGGAAGGGAGCUGGCCCGUGAGCUGGGGUACCCCUGGGCCGAGCACUGGGACUUCCUGGGCUGCUUCGUCGACCUGGCUUCCCAGGAGGGGCUGCAGAAACUAGAAGACUAUCUCGCUCCCCAGGAAGCGCGCAACGAUGUACAAGACUCGGGAGAAAACGAAGCCAGCCGUUGGGACACCUCCGUGUCUGGCCGUCAGAAGGGCAGCAAUUCCAUCUCUGUGAGGGCGUUUCUGGACGAAGAUGAUGACUUGAGCUUGGAAGAGAUUAAAAAUCGGCAAAACACAGCUCGAAACAACACCCGGCCCCCACUUGGCACUUUUGGGGACUCAGAGUGUGACAUCCUUCCCUUGGGGCAGGAGACCGACCUCAUAGAAGCCUCCACCCUGGCCAGUCCCCACAGCAGCAAGAAUGGGUUUUGUAGCCCCCUGAGCGGAGCCAAGAGCCUGGGGAGGAGGCGGCCAGAGGCCCCCUGUGGGGAGGAGGCCCUUCUCUCACCGGUCCCAGGCCUGACUGUGGAGUUCGAUAAACUGAAUUUGCAAGAUCUAGGAAGUAACUUUUCUAAGACCUCAAAUAGAAAUAUGAGAACUACAGAGAGGAAGAAGCUGACAUCAAGAGCAGCCGCGGUGGAGAGGGACUCGUUAGAGCUUCCCGCUGCCGACGCACUUGGCAGGGAGCAAGGGAGGACAGAGAGGGAGAUGGCAGCCGGCAUUGCUAAGAUACGCCUGGGGCCUGACCCUUCUGGGCACCAGGCGCAGCAGAGCUAUGGCUCCCCAUCCCCAGAGCCCUCGGGGGUCCCAGCCGCGAAGGAACCCACCCAGAGGCUCUUUCUUUUUGGAGAGGAGCCAUCCAAACUGGAUCGGGAUGUGUUGGCAGCUCUGGAGGGUACGGAUGUGGACCCACAGCGGUACCCAGCCGUCCACAGGUGGAAGAGCGCCGUCCUGUGCUUCUCCCCCUCGGACAGACAGAGUUGGCCGAGCCCCGCGCUGAAAGGGAGGCUGGAGUGUCGGCAGCCGGAGCUUGGCAGCCCAGGGAGGAGCCCUGGGAGGCCCGGCCCCGCAUCCCCCUCCCCGGGCCUGGGCAGCCCUGGGCGCUAUAGCCCCGCAGGCGGGGGCCGCCUCCGCAGGAUGGCGUACCCGGCCCAGCUCACGGCCUUGUAGGGGCAGCUCUGAGCUGCUGGCGUCUUUUAUGUGUUUGUAAAGAAAGAAGGGUAAUGUGUUUAUUGCAAAAAUUCUACCAAAAAAAUAUAUUCUGAUUAAUUUAUUAGUUCUCAUUUUGAGAGUUAAAAGAAUUUUAGAAAAUGCAACUUGUUUGUAUAAAACUUGUUCUCUGGUGUUCGGGAGAACUUGACGAUAGCAGACUUGGAUACAGGUUUUCUGAGAAUUGGCAGUUGUACUCGACGCAGGCUUGCGGUCCCGGUGGACGGCAGGUCACGUGUGCCGGAGUUGGGGUGGCCAGGCGGGCGGUGGCGCCCCUCCCGUGGCGCUCUCACUUCGGCUCUGUUCUUAGAACAGAUGAAUUUUGUGCCAUCUUCCUUUUCUGGGAAGGAGUCUUGGACUUUCUAGUUCAUGAUUGAAUAUCUUUGUUUUGCCAGUAGAUCUCAGCAGGGUAGGCCAGUUGAUAUGGGUGGAUGUCUGGGAGUACAUGAACCUUGAGUACGUCUUAGACUUGCAGCCACAUUUCUGUUUGGGUCAUUCCAAACAUUAAACUGGCGACCGGAGGAAAACACUAGCUUUUCUCCAGGAGUAAACCCCUCUAGUCGACAGGGAUCCUAAGAAUUGUCUCCAGCCCUGGACAGACCAGCAGCCCUCAGAGACCUGCACCUGCAGUUACUUUGUUUACUCGCCAGGGUGAUGUGAAUAAAAUAAUCUUUAAGUUGUUCUCCGGUUUUCAAAUGUGUAUUUUCAGAUUUGUUUCCUUUGGGUUUCCUUUGUAAAAUUGUUCUGUUUUAGUACAGAAACUAGAGGUGCGUCUCUGAAUCCUGGUCAGUUACCAUAGUGCGUUCAUGUCAGCUUCCCUUGGCCGUGACCUCCUGGGGUGGGGGUCUGCCUGCAGCAUGGGAGCCACUUUAGCACCACUGCCAUGAUUGACACCUGACCUGUGACCUCCCCCGGUGUGUGCUGCUGGUGCUCUGUGAGCGUGUCCAGUGUUCCAUCCAAAACGCAAAGCUCUCCCGAUUUUUCCCAUAUUCAGUGCCUUUGGUAAAUUAUUUUUUAUUUUCCUGAAACUUGCUUUUUGAGAAUAUACAGUGAUACUAAGUAGGUGUGAGGGUUUUUUUUUUCCCUAUGAAAACUCUGAUUUGGAACUUGGGUUUAAAAUAAAAGUUUAUUUCUUUCAUGUGUUGAGACAGGUCAAGAAUAUUGGAAUCAAGAUUUAGAUUUAAAAAUUUUAAAGGUUGUUACAUAGAGUGUCUUCACUAGUGUGACAAUCUAGCUAAAACACAGAAAAAUAUAUUGUAUUCUAACAGCCAGUGGCAUUUAUAAAAGACAUCUUUGUUCUCAAAAGAAAUUAGAAUACAGAUAGCAUAUUCACCGUGGCAGUCUGUUUUCUAUAAUAUCUUACUGUAUUGUCCUCUAUGUUGUAAAUAUCCAGAUGGAAAUUAAAAGUGUUUCUGUCCUAA